GCAUCUUAACCUGCAGCUUGUAAUGAUCUGCCACGAGUUAGGCACUGGGCAAGUACUGACAACAGGAAUACUGGAAAAACCUCAGACCUCUUCACAGCUGUGGGAAGCAGGUUUCCUUUUAGGAUCUUCUCUUGAAGCAUGGCAUACAUACUAAAGACACUCAACAGCUGGUUCUGGUGGGAGAAUAUCUGGAUGCCCAUCAACUGCACGUGGGCAGAUUUUGUAGACCGUGAUGGACUCGUCUUUCCCAAACCACAUCAGCUGUAUGCCACGAUCCCAUAUGCUUUUGUAUUGCUGGUCAUCCGAUUCUUCAGUGAAAGAUAUGUUGCUAUACCUCUAGCAAAAGCCUUGGGUAUAAAGAAUGUAAGACGUGUGAAGCCACAGCCUAAUCCUGUGUUAGAGAGUUAUUUCCGGGAGUGCUCAAGACAUCCGUCCCAAUCAGAGAUCAAAGGCCUUGCCAAAAAGUGCAACUGCACCGUUCACUUGGUGGAGAAAUGGUUCAGGAGACGGCGAAACCUUGAGAUCCCAACAGUGCUCCAGAAAUUCCAGGAAGCUUUCUGGAGAUUUUCAUUCUAUCUGACAUCCUCCAUUGUUGGAUUUAUAUUUCUGUAUGAUAAACCCUGGUUUUACGACAUAUGGCAGACGUGGGUUGGUUAUCCGUUUCAGACCUUGCUGCCAUCCCAGUACUGGUACUACAUGGCUGAGAUCGGGUUUUACUGGUCUCUCAUAUUUACCCUGGGGAUUGACAUCAAACGGAAGGAUUUUAUGGCUCACGUCGUUCAUCACCUGGCAGCCAUCGGGUUGAUGAGCGGCUCUUGGUGCGGCAAUUACGUGCGGCUUGGCACUCUGGUGAUCUUCGUGCACGACACUGCAGAUUUCUGGCUCGAGGCAGCCAAAAUGUUUAAUUAUGCUCGCUGGGAGAAAACCUGCAACAUGCUGUUUAUCAUCUUUUCUAUCUCAUUCUUCAUCACCAGGAUGAUCCUGUUUCCCUUCUGGAUUCUUCGUGCCACACUAUAUCAGCCUACUUACUACUCCACAACUCCUGUCAUAGCAUAUUUUUUAUUCAACGGGAUGCUAUUAACCCUCCAAGGCUUGCAUUUAUAUUGGGGUUACUUAAUUUUCAGGAUUUUGAAGAGAUUCGUUUUCCUAAAGGACUUGAAAGAUGAUCGGAGUGAUGAAGAGGAGGAAGAUUCUGUUACAGACACGGAAGAGGAGUCCACAAAGAGCGGCAACAAGAACAGCAGUGGGUCAAGCAAACACCUCCUAAGCAGCAGCCACCACUAGCCCCGUCCUGCCUCACCUCCUGCAGUGAUUCCUGCUCCGGUUUUUGCCCAACCUACAGGACAGCACUGAAGUCAAAAGGCUUGUGAGAGACUGUGAUUGAUUUAUAGUUGGCUACUGGACCUGGAAAAAAGCCCAGUUUAGAGGGGAGGGAGAAAUUGCAUAACAUGACAAAAUGUGUUAAUGACCCACUUUCGGAAUCGUUGUGCAGUGCGUGGAAAGAUGUUUGGACUUGCUGACUGACAGUGCUCCACAAGGGCAAAGCUCAAGAGAGUCAAGUAAUUUAGUGUCCCGUUGAUUCUAAUGUUGUUUUUCAAUCUGAUAUAAGAAAUAUUUCUUCAAACAAUUUAAAUCACAGAUGUUUUGUGGUAGGUAGUAUGAACUCCCUUGGGAACCAGAAUUACUCAAUGUGGGAAAAAUUUGACAGUGCUGAACAGUGAUUGGCAUUUUAUCUCUACUUUUCAGCUUAAACCCUCAUCAAAAUGGGUAUUUUUCUGAGUUAUAUUUCAUUUCCUGGAGGCCAGAGGAAACAAACAUGGAGGAAUUCAAAUUACAUGUCUGUGAAGGGUUGGCUUCAGUAUAGAAAUAUAGUCCUUCUCUGAAGUGAUAAAUAGCUGAAAUAUCGUGUCAAGGCAAUCACUGUUAAAACAGCAAAACUCAGCCCCAAUUCUCCACUGAGCUCCAGACUUCUCAAAUGUCUUUCAGUCAUUUUGGCCCAGUGUUAGACCAGAAGGUGCAGUGGGGAGAGAAGAGGGGAAAUGGGAAAUUGGGUCUUUUCACAGGUUCUUGUGCACUUAUCUGUCUUCAAAACUGCCAAACACCCUCUGCUCCUCGCUCAUCUUCAGACCAGAACGUUAAAACCAAAUCUCAUCCAUUGCCUUCUCAUGACCUUGUCUCACAGCUUUGGAUCCUGCCUUCUCUGGAGCGAGGCCACCAAGUUCUGAUUUGUAGUUCUGGAGCGUUCACUGAGGAGCACAGUGAGGACUGGCACAGAAUGUCACCCUGUCACUGCUGUGGGUCCCUUUGGUACCAGGAGCUGUAUUUCCAUCUCUGCUCUUGUAUAACAUGGGGAAUCACAUCAGCUAGACCCAAACUUGGAUGUGACUUCAGCCCCAUGCUGUUGUUUAUGCUGUAACCAAUAAGCAACAGUGCCUCUUACCCAAAGUGCCCCUAUCCUAAAUUUGCUCUUCUCUUCUAGCACAAGUGAGGCUGCAGCAGCAUUUUCAGUCCUGGAGCUCUCCAUGGAGAGCCCAGGCCUUGUAAACAGGGUGGUGCCAGUCCCAUUUCCCUCUGCAUUAGCUCAUGGGGUCAUAAAGGAUUUGUGUCGUAAGUUUGGGAGGCGAGAGGCUCUGCAUGUGGUUCUACAGUAGCUGAGAUCAUCUGGGGAGCUAAAUCCAGUAGCUUGAUAGAGGCCAGGGGACCCCUCCUAGAGCAGCCUUCAGAACGGCUCCGUUCCCCUCCGGCUGCUCCGGCAGGAAUUGGUGACCUACGGGAAGCGUUACAGGCCUGACUUGUUUUCCCAAGAUUUCCUUGGCAAGUGGGAUGUAAUUCAGCAACUGAAACAUUGAAAGAAUGGGAAAUGUUUGGGAUCUCAGAUAUGAAGAAAGAAGUGGGUUUCAUGCAGUUACAAGAAGCUGUAGCAGGGCUUUGUUACAGAGGCUUUUUUUAUGGUGUCUAAUUUUUUAUUUGUGUUUUAGACCCAAAUGUGCAUGUUUAAAGGGAAUUACACUGAGGAAGGAGCAUGGCCUACAGUUUGUGAGAAGGAAGGGGGAUGUGUGGUGGUGGAAAAGGAUCCCUGUCCCAGUGUUUGUGGUGCCACUUGGGCUGAGUGGGCAGAACCCCCUCAGCAGCGUUUGGCCACCAGUGCCCUUCCUGCACGGAUGAGGAGAACACCUUAAAUACUGCAGGGGGGAGUAUGGGGAGUGUAAGCACUGAUGGCAACGUGUAAAGCAACUGGAGAGUUUGGCAGGGGCACAGUUCUUAUCGGGGCCCGUUUAUUGCCUGCAUGAAAAACACUUUCCUAACAAAACGUGGAAACCAGGCGUCUUGGAGGAUUUACACUCCCUUGGGAGAGACAACGGUGCUUUCUUCGAGAUGUAGCAGGAUUUUGGGAGGUGGCCAGGGUAUUAUCAUUUGAUUUUGGUGCCAGAAGCUUUCCUCCUAUGACUAGAAAAGGAAUUUAGGAAAGGAAACACAAAGAAUGAUGUUGUCACAGGAGCCUCUGAACAACUACUGAUUUUUAAACUGGAAUUUAUAGUCUCCUUGAGGCCAAAACUUGCCUUUCCUACUCAGGACAAGUCUCCCACUGAAGCCAAUUAACUCUAUUGGAGCCUUGCCUAGGAAAAAUUUUGGAUUGCAGUUAUCCAACCUAAUUGCAAGAACUGUUGUUCUAAGCUGAUGUGAAACUGAGAUCUUAAGGGAAGAACAAAAGGUAGACAAAUACACUCAGGUAUAAAGCUUUGAGGCAAGUUUUGGGUGAGUACAGAAGAAUAUGGAAGGAAGUAACAUCCUGAAGGUGAAGAUUAAGUCUGGGCACAGUAAACAACCAAAUAACAGCGCAGUGGGAGGGGGUGGAAGGCAGGCAGGCCAUGGAGGGCCCUUUCCAGGGAUUGCUGUCAUGGGCAACCAAAGGGAUUGGACCUAAAAAUUCUGACUGCAAUAAAUACCCACAGCACAGAAAGAAGUGAGAAUGGGCUGUCGGAGUGUCCCCUGUUAACAUCACAUCGAUCAUUCCUAGAGUUAUGUGCAUUUAAUUUCUCCCUUUUUACUGAUGUGAACUCCAAAACAAAAAGCUGAAGUCAUGGGGGCACAAUUUCUGCUAAAGAAAUUUAUGUCAUGGUGCUUCAAGAUUUUCAGUCUAUUCAACGCAGUGCAAUGAAGAUUCAAUCUUUUUAUAAUCUUCUUGUGCUAAGAGUCUCGAAGUGCAGGUUCAGAAUAGCUGUAGGUGUGUAUGGGAGCACAGAGAGACUCUAGCAUUUUCUUUUUAGCAUUUCACAAAGCAUGUCCUGGUUCAAUGAGUUGACACUCUGCAUCUGGCUUUGCUGUGUCAUUUUGACUGCGCCAAAAUAUUUCUGAUAGAGUUGUAGACUGAAAAUCAAAUCUUAGUCCGUAAGACUCAGGGGAAACUCUUCUGUUCCAUUUAAUUUCUCUGGAUUUGGUUCAGGUAUUCCUGUCUGUGUGCACUCUGCUUCCUCCAUACUUGUGUUAGAUUUACCAGCCUGCUCUGGAUUGGGUUUACAGAUCUCCUUUACUCCACAGAACACAUUUUGUUAAUUCAUGCUAUUUGGUAUAAU